AUGGGGGUGGCGCCUUCUAAGCUCGAAGAUGACAAGGUCCUUGUGCUAUGCCAGGAGAGGAAGCGUUUUGUUAGAGAAGCGUUAGAUGGAAGAUGUGCACUUGCAGCUUCUCACCGCGCUUAUAUUCUGUCGCUGAGAGAAACCACUUCUCUUCUGAGGAAAUGUUUUGAACCUGAAGUGCUGAAAGAGUCAAUCCCAAAUGUUUCGCCACCUCUUUUGCAUGUCAAUCAUAUGAAUGCUAGGAGGAACUCCAUGACAGCACCCGCAGAAGUAACCGCUCAAUCUUCAUUCCCUGCUGCUAGAGAGGUCAGUCAGAAUUUUGAAAAUGCUGAUGGUUUAAGGAGCCUCCGUGAGGAAGGGAUCCCUGAGCACAGCGAGGGAGAUGAUGAUUUUGCAGAGCUAGAAGAUGACUUGGACAAUCCAUCCACUGAAACUAGGGCGCCCGUGUUCAAGAACCGGAAUGAUGUGCUUGUUGAUAAUACUCACUCACCUUCACAACACGCUUCAGAAAAUAUUGCUUCACAAAGUACUAAUUCUUGUAGUGACGACUCCAAAAAUAAGAGGACAGUGAUUGGGAGGUCGAAGAAACCUUCCACUGAUGUAGGUAACGUGGUAAAAGAUUUAAAUACAUGCAUGAAAGAGAUUGAGAUAUUAUUCUUUUGGGCAUGCAAUUCUGGAAAAGAAGUCCCAAGAAUUCUUGAGGAAGAUAAAAUCCAGUUCCGCCCUCUACUACCUGAAGAAAUAGCACAUGGAUCAAAGCCAACAAGUUUUCUGGCAACACUGUUUGCUUGCUGUAGAGAGGAUGUCACUGUUCCUGAAUCCCCUCCUCAAGCCGUGAUGAAGUACCUUACCUGGCAUAGAUCAGUGUCUUCACAAUUGUCACCAUCUAGAAUUUCUCUUGGGAUUAAUGCUGGCAGCCAUAUCUCCACACUUGAUAGGUUGUAUGCAUGGGAGAGCAAACUUUAUGAUGAAGUUAAGGCUAGCGGCGCCAUCUGCAGGAGGUAUGAUGAGAGAUGCAAGAAACUGAGACACCAGGAAUCAAGAGGGGGAAAUCAAAUUGAUAUUGAUUUUACCCGUGCUUCUAUGAAGGGCUUGCAUUCCAGAGUUCUAGUGGCUGUUCACAAAAUAGGCUUCAUUUCUAAGAACAUAGAAGAUGUAAGGGAUAAAUAUCUUCAACCACAGCUGGAUGAACUAAUUGGAUGUUUCACUAGGAUGUGGGCUACAAUGCUUGAGUGCCAUCAGUGCCAAUGUGUGAUAAUCAAGUUAGCAUCCAGAAGCUGCGACCUGAAAAUAUCAUUUCAGUCAGAAUCUCAACGCCAGGCCGGGUUUCUCCUCUCGGUUGAGCUGAGAAAACUAUGUUCCAACUUCCAGAACUGGAUGGCAUCCCACAAGGCGUACCUCUGCAGCCUAAACCUGUGGUUGCACAAAUGCAUGAAACCCCUGAAGAGGAGGAAGGUCUCCAGGAACCGGAACACCGUUGAUGCUUCGCUAACGGAGACUGCUGUCGCGCCAAUCUUCACAACCUGCGAGAUGUGGAUAAAGCUUCUGGAUGAUUUACCAACCGCGGACUUAGAAGAAGCCAUCAAAGGUCCCAUUGCAGACAUAAGCCGCUCCAUUCCUCACAAAGAGAAGGUGCCAAAUGACGAAGCAGGGGGAGCAAGUCAUGGCCCGACUGAUCUGCACCCGAGUCUGUUGAGAUUCAUAGAAAAGCUCAAAGCCUUCUCAGAAACCUCAGUUGAGAAGUAUAUCGAUCUGCAGGAAAACGUCAGGGUUGCAAAGGAGAGGAUUUGGAUAAGAAAAGAUUGA